AUGAACGUCACGGGCAGGAGCGGCAGCGACUACAGCAGCGACACGGAGGACGAGUGGCCGGUCGAGUACAGGUCGGACCUGGUGCAAGCAGCCAACAUUAGAGGCCCACAAGCGGGAGGAGGCAGUGCGCCUCCUUCCCCCAAUCUCAACGGCUUCGGCGACCAUCAACAUCACAUCCGAUUCAUGGAGAGCAGCGGCGAAGUGGGAGAGGACGACCUGGAGCUCGGCAGAGUGCGUGCAGGCAAGCAGAGCAGGAAGCCAGGCGGAGAAGAAGAAGAGCGAAAGGAGUUGCUGCAGCCCUAUAAUCUCGACGGCGAAAAUGAGAAGGAGAUGCUGGCGCGCGUCGAAGGAGUCGAGACCACAGACUAUCAGCCACUCAAAGGCGGCGUCCACCUGCGCAGGCUGUUCUCCCUUGCUAAGCCAGAGUGGUUGAUGCUCUUGGGCGGCACCAUUUCGCUGGUCGUCUCAAGCGGCUCGAUGCUGAUGCUGCCCCAGUUCGCUGGCGACAUCAUCGACGCAGUCUCCAAAGACGGCGAAGACAAGCUGUACCGUGCUCUCUUCAUGUUGGCCAUCACGCUCGGCAUCGGUGGCGUCUUCACCCUGUUCCGAGUCGCUCUGUUUACGAUCUCGGGCGAGCGCGUCGUGGCGAGGCUGAAGAAGAUGCUGUUCUCGCAAAUCAUCAAGCAGGAGGUGGCCUUCUUCGACGUGAACAAGACAGGUGAGCUUGUGAAUCGCCUCUCGGCCGAUUGUACAGUAUUGCAGAACGCCGUCACUGUAAAUAUUUCGAUGGUUCUCCGCGAGCUGGCGUCCGCCAUCGGCGGCAUCACCAUCUUGUUCGUCAUCUCGUGGAAGCUCACGUUGAUCAUGUUGUCCGUCAUCCCGAUCGUCGUCAUCGCGGCGGUGAUGUUUGGCAAGUUCGUGAAGAACAUGGCCAAGGCCCAGCAGGACGCCCAGGCGGCUGCGACCACGGCCGCAGAGGAAGCGAUCAGUAACGUCCGUACGGUCAAGUCUUUCGCCGCCGAGCUGUUGGAGAACGAACGAUAUGAGGCCAAGGUGCACGCCGCGUACUUGCUCGCCAGAAAGCUGGGUAUUGUGUUCGGUGUGUUCGCUGCCACUAUGACGUUUGCUGCGAGUGGCGCCAUCGUUUUGGUGCUGUGGGAAGGUGGUCGCGAGGUCAUCAGCGGGGCCAUGACCACUGGAUUGGGCGGCUUGUCUUCACUCUACGGCGACUUCAUGAAGGCGAUUGGUGCCUCGUCCCGUGUGUUCCAGCUCUUGGACAGGGAGCCGCGUAUUUCGAGUGAGGGUCGCAAGAUCAACGCCAUCAAAGGCGAGGUGCAGCUGGAAGACGUCUACUUCGCCUACCCCUCGCGGAAGGACGUCAUGGUGCUCCACGGCGUGUCACUCAAGCUCUUGCCCGGCCAGAUCGUCGCGCUCGUUGGUCCAUCAGGCGGUGGCAAGUCGACGAUCGCGCACAUGAUCGAGCGGUUCUACGAUCCGCUCUCUGGCGGAGUGUACCUCGACGGCGUUGAUCUGCGCGAUCUCGAUUACGAUGACCUUCACAGCCACAUCGGCCUGGUAAGCCAGGAGCCGACCCUGUUCGCGGCCUCGAUUGCCGACAACAUUCGCUACGGCUGUCCGCGACAAAAUGUCACCAUGGAGGAGAUUCAAAGGGCGGCCCACUUAUACUUCUCACAGGCUCGCCAACGCGGCUGA